AUGGGAUGCGUUGUGGCUCACCUCUGUUUGGUGGCGCAUUUCUCUGUGUGGAAGUGUGUGAUGCUGUUAGUGAUGGUUUUGAAUAUUGUGGGCGAGGCGGGGAUUUAUCCCGUACCGCGCAGCAUCAUGCAGGUGUGUUGGGGCGAGCUGCAUGCAGAGUGCCCCACAGAAAGACUAGAAAAGUUAAGGAGUGAACGGUGUCGCGCCUGGAUUCUUGCCCACUAUGCGUGUGAGGUUUUUGGAGGAAAACAGAGGGUAUCCAGAGGAUAUGCAUUGCAGCUGCAUACGUGCAACCCCUAA